GCUUCUGGAUCAAAAUUAGGGCUCACCUCCCCCGAUCUGUUCAGUUCUCCAUAAAGGUUUCGAGAGUAAGUAAGGUCUUCGAUCUCUUGGCGUUUGCUCAUGCAGCGAGUACUCUCUGCAACAUGAGCACCGCUUUAUCUUGCCAAGAUGUGAGCUUUGUAGGGGGCCAGCGUUACGACGGCCCCUGUUCCAUCAUGACGUCACUGGAUAGUGUUGACGUUUCCAGGGAAACACUGGACUCUUAUUGGUCCGCUGGUCCCCUGGACAACACAGCUUGCCAGCACGAGCCUCCCCAGCAGGAUACCAUCAAUAUAUUGAAUUAUGUGACAGAAUCGGGCCCCCACUGGACUGAUCUUUCACCACAACUUUUGAGAAACAAGCAGCUUCAGGAUAUACUUUUGCAAAGAGAAGAAGAGCUGGCACGGUUGCAUGAAGAAAAUAACAAGCUUAAAGAAUUUCUGAAUUCUUCAUUUGUGAAAUGCUUGGAAGAGAAAACAAAGAUAGUACUAUCUGCUCAGACAGGAUAUGCCAAAAAGAGCAAAAAAAGGACACGCGAGGAUGAAGGAAGAUUAUAUCCCAGCCAAUUUUUUUCUGCUACUCAGGGUAAACGAACGCUUCAAAACUUCUCUUUGGAUUUCUGCCGCACAGAGGAGAGGGCUGCUGCCCCAGCUACCAGCCCCUGCCUUCUGCAGACUCUACCUUUGAGGAAUCAGGACUCAAUUGACUCAUCCAAAUUCAACACCAGUAGUGACCCUUGCAUCUACAGGAGCCCCACAGUCAGUCCUUCACCUCAUUGCGAUUCCAGGGUUAACAGUGACCCUUGCAGCUACUUCAACUCCCCAGCUAACCAAUAUUCUGCCUACAGUGUCGACAUAAAUUCAUUGCCGCAUGGCAAUGUCAUCAAUACUGAAAUCCAGCAAGCCACACAGCCAGAUUUCCUGCUUAAGUCUGAUGAUCUGGAAAACUACAACCUGGUAUCAACAGCCAUGCUGGAAGUCCGCACUCCAUCCUGCCUCAAAUCUAAUAAUACACCACAGACACAACAUGGUCCCCUAGGGAGCAACAUUGCUCAGUGCUUCUCGCCAUACACUCCCCAAGGCAGGACAGAUUUAGCCUUCACCAUGUCCUUGAACCCUUCCAGCGGUGUGAGGACGCACAGUUAUCCCCAGGGACAAGCUUUUGUCAGAAGGGACACACAUGGGGGUUGGAACUUUACAUGGAUACCCAAAUAUGUGCACUAGCUGUGUGCACUAGCUACUCACAAAACAACAAAAGACAUACAAGCAAAGGAUACAACUAUAAAAAAAGAACAUUUUUUUCAACGCUGGUCUUACAAAUUCUGUUUGAGGAAUAUCUGAAAAGAAUUAUUAUUCAUAAAGUAUAAAGUAAUUGUCCAUCAAAAUGAACAAAUAGAACAUGUUAUGUCAGCAUUAUUAAUUAAAAUUCUGAGGACGUUUAAAGGCAUUUCUGUGAAUUAAAUACAUUUACUUUACUGGACUAUAAACGAAAAUAUUUCACUCAAUUAAAAUUCCUUUUGCAGUUUUAUUGUAUCAGAACUAUUAAUUAUUAAUUCAUUCAUAAAUAAAUUUAUGUUAAAGGGCAUUCCUUAAAUUUUCCCUCAUACCAUUUUUGAUAUUGCGUGAUUAUUGAGUGAGUAUCAGUGUAUUUAUAAUACUAUUCAGUGUAUCAGAGCAAUCAGUGACUAUUAAUUAUUUGAUCAAUAACAAAAAUGCAAAACAAUUCUCAAGUGAAGCAUUUUGACUUUGCUUGAACCAUGUAAUUCAUUCAUUCAUUAGCUUAAUUUAAAGUUAAUUAAUUAACAAUGAUCAGUUGAAACAAAACACUGCCACUGCUUAUACUAACUAGUCUGGAUGCUGUUCAGCCAAAUUGCUGUUUCAGUAUUAAUUUAAAUAUUAGAACUCAUAGCCAUAUGUGGAAAUUAGCGGGAGAACAUUUUAAAAUGGAUUUGAGGAAGCACUUCUUUACACAGCAUGUAGUUAGAGAAUAGAAUAGUCUACCUGUUAGUGUAACGCAAGCUAAAACCCUGGGUUCCUUUAAAUCCGAGCUAGAUAAGAUUUUAACAAUUCUGAGCUAUUAGUUAAGUUCUCCUGAAACAAGCUUGAUGGGCCGAACGGCCUCCUCUCGUUUGUAAAUUUCUUAUGUUCUUAUGACUGGAGUAUACUGCUGAAUAAGCACUUUCUAUGGGCUGGAUUUUAAACUGCUACUAAAGCUUGUUUUAUAUGUGAUGUAGAUUAUGGACAAUCAAAUCCCAUAACUAAAGUUUAUAAUUAAACAAAUUCAUUAUAUGCCUGCAGCACAUAACAAAACAUCAGCCUAAGUAAAACACACUGAAACACCUUAAAAACAGAUAAAAUGUGUGCUAAUAUAAUGAUUGGUUAAAUUACCUCACAAUUCAAAAGUCAUGCACUUCAGUGAUGACAAACUAUAUAGAUAUGAACACAAUAUGCUCUGUAUAGUGUUCCAAGUUUUAUACAUGUCUCCUCAGAAUGUUCUGCUAUAUCUUUAGUGUAUACUUUGCUGUUAUUUCAAACAGCAUACACUCUAUUAUCUGUGUAUGUGAUAUACAUUCUAGCUCUUCUGUUUUGUACUCUUUUGUGCAGUUUUUUGUGAUGUCUGUUACGUACCCAAUCUGUAUUUUAUCUUGGUUCUUCACAGUCAUUGUACAGAAACAUUUUAAUCAGUACAGUCUUUACAACAUCUCUAACUUUCAACUCUUAGAAAACCACGCACCGUAAGAAGUGAUUAAACGAUGUCUCUAGAAACUUGCUCACAGAUACGAGAUAGAUUUUGUUCACAACAACAUAGGAACAGAAAUUUCUAAACUUACUUCACAUUAUAUUACUGAAUAUCUUCUUUGAUUAUCUGAAUUAUGUUAAACUAUAAGUGGUCUAAUUUAGACUUGUGUGAUAUGAGAUUAACUUAGCAGGAAUGUUUGUAACAAACUGCGUACCACAAAAAUAUUGCAAUUGCAAAUAAUUGUAAAUCAUUGGUUUUCUAAUCAAAGCUAUUAGCUUUAAACAU